GACACUCACCCCACGCCUGCGCUCUUUUCGGAUCCAGAGAACGCGUCUGUAUCAGAAUUCGACGGCCGAGGUGUCGGGAUCUGUUAGUUGCCUCGCGAAUAACGCGUGACUAGGUUUCGACAUACGUUUCCCCUCGUAAUUAUUGUUAUAAUUAAUAAAAAAAAAAGUUCGCUCGUUUGUGUUGAAAAAGAGAUAAGCAAGCUCGAGGUUAAACUCGACCCUCGAUUCUGGACCCUCUUGGAGGGUUGAUUGUUUCGAUCGGACGACUUUCUGGCGGUCGUAAUCGUUGGAACUGGAGGAACGCGCGAGUUCCUUGUUGUUUGAAAAGAUAUGAAUGUUAAGGAUGGAAGUGGAAAAGUGGUGACGUUGACGAUGUGAUUCGCUAUCGGGGGAGGUCUGAAAUCCAAAGGUAUCGAGGGAAUCUCACACGUGCCGGUGAAAUAUCAUAAAUGAUCCGCAUCAAUGAACAGAGAGCCGACAGCGUUCGCUUCCCACAAAGAGGAACGCCACCGAGAAACUGUCCAGAAAUUCUUCACGGCGUCCACAUGAUAUCUAAAGAACUUCCACGGAUUCUGGGGUUUCCUCGGGAACGCAAUUUUGCCGCAAGAUGGAGUACUGGAUGGCAAGCAACGAGACUGGUCAAAAUGGGAGAGCAGAGGUACUCGAGGAGGUCCUUCAGGAUCCUGGAUCGGCGAUCCUCUUCGUCGGCUAUCCACGAUGGUUGCUGCACCUCGCCGCCAGUUGCUGCGUCUUCUUCAUGCUCGUUGGCAUCCCUGGGAACCUUUUCACCAUUAUUGCCCUUUAUCGCACCAAAAAGCUGAGAAAUGCCACGACGAUCUUCAUAUUGAAUCUGUCGGUUUCGGACUUGAUGUUCUGCUGCUUCAAUCUUCCUCUGGCUACGUCGACCUUCUGGCACAGUUCCUGGCGUCACGGGGCACUUUUGUGUCGUCUGUUUCCCUUGAUGAGAUACGGCCUGGUCGCAGUGAGCCUCUUCACGAUACUGGCGAUCACGAUCAAUCGUUACGUUAUGAUAGGUCAUCCACGGUUGUACCCCACAUUAUAUAAACCGAAAUACUUAUUACCCGUUGUACUAAGUAUCUGGAUCAUCGCUUUUGGAGUGUUGGUCGUAACAUGGUUCGAGAGUUGGGGACGCUUCGGUCUAGACACAGCGAUUGGUUCCUGUUCGAUUCUCCCGGAUGUCCAUGGACGAAGUCCCAAGGAAUUCCUUUUCGUCGUUGCUUUCCUAACACCCUGCGUGGCGAUUGUCGUUUGCUACGCGAGAAUUUUUUAUAUCGUACGAAGAACAGCGUGCAAGACCAGAAGAAGGAACAUAGCCACGCGUACGGACAACGUUAAGGCAUACUCCAGGAAUCAAGAAGAAGAGCUGUCAGCGUUAGAAUCUAGUUGCACAGCAAGUGUCCUCUGCGCAAAUUUCUCAUCGAAACGUUCCAUCACUCCUCCGAAUCGACCGAAAAGCUCGAGGACUCCGUCGAGAUCGGCGAUCGAGGAGACUCUUUCGGAACUUCAACCCUCCUGGCAGCAAGAUGAAAAAGAGGAUGAAGAAGAAAGCGAAGAAGAAGCAGUAAUCGGGAGCGCAGAGUCAGAGAUAUUAAGAAAGAAAAAUACAAAGAAAAUGUCGAACAAACACGACGAGUUCCCACCUAUGGAGAUCGUCGAGGUCUACGAGAAAGUGUGCCCAGAUUUUGGAAUAAAAUUAGACGAUAUUCCCUAUGUGGACGAGCGCGAUGAUUUAGAUGCAGCGAAUGAUAUAUUCGCAAACAAUGAUCGUAGCGCGAUCAAAAAAUUGCCUGUAAAAGCUACCGCGAAUUCUAGAAAUAAACUUGAGAGAAUGGCGAGUAGAGCAUCGUUCAUCAUCGAGUCUGCUCUGUGGGUGCAAAGACUGAACUCGAAAACGUCGACGGUCAACGAUCGUUUGGAGAGUGUAACGUCGAGUUCCCACGAACGAUCGACGACAAGAAACGCCAUUGAUCGAAGCGAGUCAGGAUUAAAAAGCGUAGGAAGAUCGAGGAACUCUUUAGCUCUUCCCAGAAUGAGCAGCAAGGACAAGAAGCUGCUGAAGAUGAUUCUGGUGAUAUUUUCAUCGUUUCUCGUUUGCUACUUGCCGAUCACUGUCACGAAGACCUUUAAGAAUGCCAUCGAUUGGAGAGGACUUAAUAUCGCUGGUUAUAUAUUGAUCUAUUUGACCACCUGCAUCAAUCCUGUGGUCUACGUAGUGAUGAGUUCCGAAUACAGAAGCGCCUACAAAAAUGUGUUACUGUGUAGACACGAUCCUGAUGCCAAAAAUGAGAUUAGGAGACCUUGAGGGGGCAGAAGACGUCGAUUUCCUAUCGACAUAGUCGUGUAUCGCAACGUUUAUUUAAGUACAGAAUUUGUAACGUCGCGUGGGAAAAACUCACCCAACUAAAAUGUGAAGCGCAUGCGCAUACAUGGAUAAUUGCUUUAAAUUAUUCAAAAGAAAGUAAACCAGAGAAAGUGCAGACGCACUUUGAAAGAUUUCCAUCAUUUCAAAAAUUAUAUUUUUUGAAACGACGAAAAUCCUUCGAACUGCGCGUGCACAUUCCCCAAUUUAUAUAGCUUAUACCCAAUUUAUAUGAAAUAUGUAGAAACGAAUAAGAUAUUUAUAUAACAAAUUAUUCGUUAUGUCAUAUAUACUAUACUUUUAUAAUAAUAAUAGUAUCAAUACGCGUUGAUUCUAAUUCCAAGUUACCAUAUUUUCAUUUACUUGUAAAUGAGAAAGGUUGCAGCCAUUAGCUCAUAUUACUUGGUAUGGAAUUAAUAAUGUCAUCUAACCCUUAAUGGCGAUGUGCAGUUAGCAAUUACAUACUUCAAAUAAUAUAGAGGGCCCAGGUCUCACCACGUGGAGGUUACUGCAUAUAGAGACCCAAAAAAAUUGGGUGGCCAAGACAAAAACCACAUCCUAGCCACCUUUAUCCUUAAUCUAAAUGUUGUGUGAGUGUGUAUGUGUGUGUUGUGUGCCUCCCCCCUGCCAUGGCCGGGGAUGUAUUAAAAAAAAAUU